AUGAAUAUAGUUUGGUGUAACAUUGCCAUUUACUUGUUGGCCUCGUUGUUUCUUGCUGACAAUGCUGUUGUUCUUGAUGCCUUGCACCACGCCCCCAUUAGGAUCAAGAACCAACCUUACCGGACCGGUUACCAUUUCCAGCCUCCCAAAAAUUGGAUGAACGGGCCUAUGAUAUACAAAGGAGUCUACCAUCUCUUCUACCAAUGGAACCCAAACGGAGCCUUCAUGAACUUUAACGAGAUCGUGUGGGGCCACGCAACGUCAACGGACCUCAUCAACUGGACCCCACAUUCUCCAGCAAUCAAACCAUCUCGACCGUCCGAUAUCAACGGAUGCUGGUCAGGCUCCGUCACGAUUCUCCCAAACGGCAAACCCGUGAUUCUCUACACCGGCAACAACCGUAACAACCACCAGGUGCAAAACUUAGCCAAACCCAAAAACCUCAGCGACCCAUAUCUCCGGCACUGGACCAAGUCGCCGGAAAAUCCCCUCGUAACACCCAACGCCGUCAACCACAUCAACUCCACCGCGUUUCGUGACCCAACCACCGCAUGGCUCGGACGUAACGGCCGGUGGCGCAUGAUCACCGGAAGCCAGGAAGGUCGUCGCGGAUUGGCUCUUCUCUACACGAGCCGCGAUUUCAUCAACUGGAAGCAAUCGACGAAGCCUCUUCAUUACCACGACGGCACCGGAGUGUGGGAGUGUCCUGAUUUUUUCCCGGUGGCGAGAAGUGACUCACACGGCCUCGACACGUCGUCGUUUAGUGGUUCGAUUAAGCACGUGCUUAAAGUGAGCUUAUCGGACACGAGUAAGGAUUACUACACGAUUGGGACGUACGAUCGCGUGAGAGAUCAAUAUGUACCGGACGAUGGUUUUGUCCAGGACGAUACGGCUCCGAGAUACGAUUACGGAAAAUUUUACGCAUCGAAGACGUUUUACGACUCGGUUACUCGACGGAGGAUUUUGUGGGGUUGGGUCAACGAGUCGUCGCCGGAGAAGGAUAACAUAAAAAAGGGUUGGGCCGGUUUACAGGCGAUUCCAAGGGAAGUAUGGCUUGAUGAAUCAGGAAAGAGAUUGAUGCAAUGGCCGGUUAAGGAGAUAGAGAGGUUACGUACAACGCAAGUCAAGUGGGGAAACAAGGUUUUGGAGGGAGGAGGAUCUGUAAUUGACGUUCAUGGGGUCACAGCUUCACAAGCAGACGUGGAGAUUUUGUUCAAAGUGAGUGGUUUAGAGAUUGCGGAUGUCAUUGAACCGGGUUGGACCGACCCACAAUUGAUUUGCAGCCAGAAAAAUGCAUCAUCGGUUAACUCCGGUGUAGGUCCAUUCGGUUUAAUGGUUCUGGCUUCCAAGAACUUGGAAGAGUACACAUCGGUCUAUCUCAGAAUCUUCAAAGCUAGUCAGAAGAGUAAGGACCACGUGGUGGUCAUGUGUAGUGACCAAAGCAGGUCGUCUCUAAAGAGAGGGAAUGAUAAAACAACAUAUGGUGCUUUUCUGGAUAUCUCUCCUUUCCAACCAAUCUCUCUCAGGACUUUGAUUGAUAAUUCAAUAGUAGAGAGCUUUGGCGGGAAAGGGAAAGCAUGUAUUACUUCAAGAGUUUAUCCAAAAUUGGCAAUAGGAGAGAGAACACACCUCUUUGCUUUUAACAAUGGGUCUCAGAAUGUUGAUGUUUUAAGCCUAAGUGCUUGGAGCAUGAAGUCUUCUCUCUAA